AUGCUGUUGCUUACAACCAUUUUGAUGAUUAUCAAUUUUACUGACAGUACUGUACAACCUGAAUGUAGAGCUUAUGGAACAGAUGAGCUGCUUUAUUUUUCAAAAGAGGGUGAUGUCUCUAUUGGGGGCAUUUUUUCAUUUCACCAAAAUCCAGUUGGUGUAAAUCCAACACUCUCAAUCAAUCCAGGAAACAUUGGGUGUUAUGGACUUGACCUUGGAGAGCUGCAGUAUGCAAUGACAAUGAUGUUUGCAAUUGAGCAAAUAAACAACAGCACAGAUCUUCUUCCUAGCUUCACACUUGGCUACCGCAUCUAUGGCUCUUGCCCAAGUAUCCCUCUUUCUGUUAGAGCAUCACUAUCUCUGAUGAACGGACAAAUGGAGGCAGAAGAGAGCUGUCUAAAUCCCUCUACUGUGCAAGCUGUGAUUGGAGAUACUACGUCCACAUCCACUAUAGACAUUGCUAGGAACAUGGGACCAUUUAAAAUACCUGUGCUUAGCCAUUCAGCAACCUGUGCAUGUCUCAGCAAUAGACAGCAGUAUCCCUCCUUCUUCAGGACUGUUCCCAGUGAUUACUAUCAAAGCAGAGCACUGGCCAAACUGGUCAAGUAUUUUGGCUGGACCUGGGUGGGGGCUGUGAGAAGCAGGGGAGACUACGGCAACAACGGUAUGGCCACUUUUCUAGAAGCAGCUGAGAAAGAGGGCAUCUGUGUAGAGUACUCAGUGGCCAUAUACAGAACUGAUUCAAGAGAGAUGUUUUUGGAAGUUGUAGACAUAAUUAAAAAGUCAACAUCUAAAGUCAUUGUAGCCUUUGCAGAUGGCAAUGAUCUGGACAUCCUCAUUAAAGAGCUUUACAACCAAAAUGUUACUGGCUUUCAGUGGGUUGGAAGUGAAGGCUGGAUAACUUACAAAUAUCUAGCAACAACAAUGAACUAUGCUGUUGUCAGGGGAGCAGUUGGCUUUGCUGUGCCCAAUGCCCAUAUUCCUGGAUUAAGGGAGUUUAUUGUGAGUAGCCGGCCCUCCUUGAGACCAGGCAACAAAGGACUGGUUGAGCUUUGGGAAAGUCUUUUUGACUGCACUUUAAACCCAGACGCAAAUAAUGCCUCCAAGAUUUGCAAUGGAGAGGAGUCCCUAGCGAAUACAUACACAGGUUUCACAGAUGUAUCUGAUGCUAGCCUCCUUAACAAUGUCUACAAGGCAGUAUAUGCCAUCGCUCAUGCUAUAGAAGGAUUACUGGCCUGUGAGAAAGGGAGAGGACCAUUCCUCAACAAUACAUGCACAGAGAAAGGGAAAAUACAGCCUUGGCAGGUGCUGCAUUAUCUGACCAAGGUGAACUUUACAACUAAAAAUGGGGAAACUGUUUACUUUGAUGAGCAUGGUGACCCAGCUGCACGUUAUGCUCUGGUUAAUUGGCAGAUGAACUAUGAAGGAAUAAUAAUAUUUGAGGCCACUGGCUUGUAUGAUGCAUCCUGGCCUGAGGGACAACAAAUUAAAAUGAAAUAUAACAAUGCAGUAUGGGCAGGAAAUGAAAAAAAAGUGCCCCGGUCUGUGUGUAGUGAGAACUGCCUUCCAGGCACUCACAGGGCCUAUAUCAAAGGAAAACCCAUCUGCUGCUUUGACUGCAUUCCAUGUGCUGAUGGAGAGUUCAGCAACACUACAAAUGCAGUAACAUGUGUUCCAUGUCCUCUUGAGUACAAAUCAAAUGGAAACAGAACUCAAUGUGAACUCAAAAACAUUGAAUUCUUGACCUUUAAAGAAGUAAUGGGUAAUAUACUAGUGACAUGCUCUUUGUGUGGUGGAUGUCUCACCAUCACAAUAGGCUUAAUUUUCUUCUACCACAGACAUACUCCAAUAGUAAAGGCCAAUAACUCAGAGCUGAGCUUCCUGCUGCUCUUCUCACUGACUCUGUGUUUCCUCUGUUCACUUACUUUCAUCUGUCGUCCUACUGAGUGGUCCUGUAUGUUGCGUCACACAGCAUUUGGCAUCACUUUUGUCCUCUGUAUCUCCUGUAUUCUGGGUAAAACAAUUGUGGUUUUAAUGGCCUUCAAGGCUACACUUCCAGGAAAAAAUAUCAUGAAAAGGUUUGGGCCUGCACAGCAACGACUCGGUGUUCUUGCUUUUACUCUCAUACAAGUGCUUAUUUGUGUGUUAUGGUUAACAAUCUCACCACCAUUUCCCUAUAAAAACAUGAAUCAUUACAAAGACAAAAUAAUUCUUGAGUGUGAUUCAGGCUCAGUGAUAGGUUUCUGGGCUGUACUGGGUUAUAUUGGCCUACUGGCUAUGUUGUGCUUCAUUCUGGCUUUUCUAGCUCGGAAGCUGCCUGAUAACUUUAAUGAAGCCAAAUUCAUCACAUUCAGUAUGCUCAUUUUCUGUGCUGUUUGGAUCACAUUUAUCCCAGCUUAUGUUAGCUCUCCUGGAAAAAUGUCUGUAGCUGUGGAGAUAUUUGCCAUUUUAGCCUCUAGUUAUGGUAUGUUAUUUUGUAUAUUCAUUCCCAAAUGCUACAUAAUUUUACUAAAACCAGACAUGAACUCUAAAAAACUUUUGAUGGGAAAAGUUUCUUCAAGGAUCCUCUGA